GUUUUGAAAGUAGUAGUAAAGGUUACUGUGUCGUAUCGUGUCUUGGUGGAAAAUGUACUUUUGUUCUAGUGUUAAACUCAGAAUAAUAAUAAACUUGAUACUUGCAUCAGGAGUAUACUGUAGAUAUGAAAACGUCAACAUAAGGACUGAUUGGUGGGAAACGGCGUUAUUCUACCAAAUAUAUCCCAGAUCAUUUGUUGACAGUGAUGGCGAUGGGAUAGGAGACAUUAAUGGAAUCAUAUCAAGAAUGGACUAUUUAAAAGACCUUGGCGUAGAUGCAGCGUGGCUGUCACCGAUAUUUAAGUCUCCGAUGUACGAUUUUGGUUACGAUAUAUCUGAUUACUAUUCCAUUCAGCCCGAAUACGGAACUUUAGAAGACUUUGAACAGCUUAUUAAAAAAGCUAACACUCUAAAUAUUAAAAUUGUUCUGGACUUCGUUCCUAAUCAUACUAGUAAUGAAAGUGACUGGUUCAUGAAGUCAUCGAACAAAGACGAGUAUUAUAGUGAUUGGUAUGUUUGGGAGAAUGGUCACAUAGAUGCUGACGGUAGAAGACAGCCACCGAAUAACUGGGUAAGCGUGUUUCGAAAAAGUGCUUGGACAUAUUCGAACACCAGAGAUCAGUUCUACCUACAUCAGUUCAGUCCUGCGGAGCCUGAUUUAAAUUAUAGGAAUCCCGUUGUAGCGGAAGAAAUGAAGAAUAUUGUCAAAUAUUGGUUGGAAAAGGGUGUCGCUGGAAUGAGAUUGGGUUCUGUUAAUUAUUUAUUUGAAACCGAUAAAGAUACAUUCGGUGGUCGAUUCCCGGACGAGCCUAAAACCGGAAAGCCAGGAGCUGUUUCCGACGAUUACGACUAUCUGUUUCACAUUUAUACUAAAGACCAAGAAGAAACAUUCGAUAUUGUGGCGCAAUUCAGAGAUGUUUUCGAUGCUAUGAGUGUAAGAAAUAACUUUACAAGAAUAAUGAUGACAGUAGCAAGAAGCCCAAUUAAAACAACGGCACGUUAUUACGGAGAUAAUUAUCACUCCGGAGCACACAUUCCCGUAAACACUGUAUUGAUAGAUGAAAUGACAUCGAAAGAAUUGGAUGCGAGAGAUCUAAAACACGCUAUAGAUUUAUGGAUCACGUAUAUGCCACUGGGAAAAUCAGCUAAUUGGGUGACAGGAGACCACGAUACAAGCCGGUUAGCGACACGUUUCCGGCCAGAGUUGGUAGAUGCAUUUAAUAUGCUUGUUCUGUUGCUUCCUGGGGUAGCUUUCACGUACAUGGGUGAAGAGAUAGGAAUGAUAAAUGGAUUUGUACCGUGGGUUGAAACGAAGGAUCCGCAAGCUUGCAACACGAACGAUCCGGUGAACUUUAUUGAUGUAUCACGUGACCCGGUGCGGACUCCAUUCCAGUGGAACAAUGGAAAAAAUGCAGGAUUUUCAAGUGCAGCCAAAACAUGGUUACCCGUGGCAGACGGUUUCGAAAGUUUGAAUUUAGAAAAUCAACGAAAUGCUGUGAGAUCGCAUUAUCAAGUUUAUAGAAUACUAAGCAACCUACGCAUUCGGCCCGCAUUUCGCUUGGGCCGUUUUGAAUCACUGGCUAUCAACCAAGACGUUUUUGCUUUUAAAAGAUGGUAUAACGACGACACUUAUGUAAUUGUUAUGAAUUUGGGCAAAUCUUAUCAAAUUGUUAAUUUAACAGUGUUUGACUUAAUUUUUGGUCAGCUGGAAGUCGAAGCAAGUAGCGUUCAGUCUUCGCGUUCCUACAGUGAUAAUGUUCUGGCAACAUAUUUGGAUUUAUCCGCUGACGAAGCUUUAGUACUACGGAUGCAAGUUUAAAUACUUCUUUCACAUUAAUAAUGAUAAGACAUUAUAGUCUUUUAAUUACUAAGUUCUUGGCAUUAUUUUGGAAUAAAGAAUUAUGU